AGGAGACAGAUCCGUGGACCUGUGUCUAUGGCGAAAGAUAAGGCGAUUCAAAGCUUGGUCCCGGCGGGUGCCACCUUGGUCGUCUCGGCCCUGCUGCUGCGGCGAUGGUGGAGGUCGAGGAAAGAACCUCCGAGUUUUCAGAUGGGUUUGCCAGUCUUUGGUCCCAUCAUUCAAUUUCUGAAGGACCCAAUGGAACUCAUCAGAUUGGGUUAUCAGAAGAUGGGCGGCAUCUUCAAGGUGAACUUCCUGGCGAUGGACAUGGUUUACCUUGUGGGAUCCGAAGGUCAGGAAUUUUUCUUUACUUCUGACAAAUAUUUGGAUCAAGCCAAGAUGUACAAAUUCACGGUCCCCAUUUUUGGUCCCAAGGUCUUGUACGACGUGGACUACAGCACGCGAACUUGUCAAUUGCGCUUCAUUCGCGAGCGUUUGACUGAUAGCUACAUCCGCUCUUACACCAGUACCUUGGAGGAGGAAGUGGUGCAAUUUUUUGAUGAAUGUUGGGGCGACAACGGUACCUGCUGCAUCCGAGAGUCUAUGCAGGAGCUGCUGACCCGAACCAGCAUCCGAUGCCUCAUGGGUCAUGAGCUGCGAGUUGCAAUGACUGCGACCAAGCCGGGAGAACGAAGCAUCGUGGAAAUGCUGCACAUCCUUGAGAAAGGCAUGCUGCCGAUGUCUGUCUUUUGGCCCCAUGCGCCCAUCAAGAGACAUCGCGAAAGAGAUCAGGCGCGCCGUGAGAUCCACGAGAUGAUCAAACCCAUUUUGGACCAGCGACGCGCGAAAGCUGACAAAACAGAGAAGGACUUUAUGCAGUCCGUUCUGAACUCCAGCUAUCCGGACGGCCGAGCCAUCACGGAUGAGGAGAUCGUGGGCUUUUUGAUCGCUGCCUUCUUCGGGGGAAUGCACAACAGCGCCAUCACCACUUCUUGGUCGACGUUGGAAGUCUUUAGCCGCCCCGAGCUCGUUCAAGAGCUUCUGGAGGAGCAACGCCAGGCCUUGGGCAGCGACACGGAGCCCUUCACCUUCGCGGCCUACGAGAAGAUGAAAAAGUUGCGGGCUGCCGUGAGCGAAGUUCUCCGGAUGCAUGCUCCUCUCUUCCUUUUGAUGAGAACGGUGGAGCAGGACGUUGACUUCAAGGGCUACACCAUUCGUGCAGGCAACGUUGUUGCGUGCUCGCCCAAUGUGAGCCACAUGCUGGAUGAUUGCUACGCCAAAGCGAAGACCUUUGACCCUAAGCGCUUCAUCAAUGGCAUCGAGGACGAGUUUAAUUUCAUUUCUUUCGGCGGUGGUCGACGUGUAUGCAAGGGACAAGAAUUUGGAUAUUUGCAGGUCCUUUGCGCAAUCUCACACAUGCUGCGUCACUACGACAUCGAGUGCAUCGAUGGCGUGCCACCGCCCACCAUCGCACAAGAUGGCAUGGUCAUUGCACCCAUGCAACCCUCGCGAGUGCAGUACAAGCGAAAGGCAAGUGUCAAGAAGUGAUCUCUUGGUACGGCCAGUGCUGCACACGCUUCGGCGCAAACGAAGCUCCAAGAUUUUACCAAUAAGCAUCCCAGCAAAAGAAAAUUAGAAUUUAGUGCCAUUUCACUGAUCAGCG